UUCCUCUCUCCUCCUGCCUUGUGUCUGUGAGCUCCCACUCCUGCCUGCCCAGCCUGUGCCUCUCUCUAAGUCCCAGUCUCUCUCACUGAGUCUCACUCAACAGCCACAAUGCAAACAACCAGGCAAUCUUCAUUCUCUGUGCGCUCCUCCUCUAGCAAAAAGCCUGUUAUUUCAGUGUCCCAUAGCCCUGUCUACAGGGCUGCAAGCCUCCAUGGAGGUUCCGGCGGGGACCGGAUCAGCGUCUCCUCCAGCUUCCGUAGCGGGCUGGGAGCCGGGAUGGGGAUGGGAAUGGGAUCUGGAGGUGGAGGAUUCUCCAGCAGCGUCCAGGUGAGCGGGAAUAGUGCCGACAUCAUGGGCAACGAGAAAUUCGCCAUGCAGAACCUGAAUGACCGGCUGGCAAACUACCUGGAGACGGUGAGGAACCUGGAGCAGGCCAACCACACACUGGAGGUUAAGAUCAAGGAGGCCCUGGAGAAGAGCGGACCAGACUUCAGAGACUACAGCAAGUACCAGAUCAUCCUGGACGACCUGAGGAAGAAGGUGUUUGAUGCCACCACUGACAACGCCCGUCUGGUUCUCCAAAUCGACAACGCUCGCCUGGCAGCCGAUGAUUUCAGAGUGAAAUUCGAGUCCGAGCUUGCCAUCCGUCAGUCUGUGGAGGCUGACAUCGUUGGUCUGAGGAAACUCAUCGACGACACAAACAUGAGCCGCAUGAACCUGGAGAGCGAGAUCGAAUCCCUGAAGGAGGAGCUCAUCCACCUCAAGAAGAACCAUGAAAAUGAGGUUAUGGAGCUCCGUAACCAGAUCGCCCAGUCAGGAGUCCAUGUGGAUGUUGACGCCCCUAAAGGGCAGGACCUGGCUCAGCUCAUGACAGAAAUCCGGGCCAAGUAUGAGAAGAUGGCAAAGAAAAACCAGGACGAACUCAAAUCAUGGCACGAAUCCCAGAUAACAGAAGUACAGACCCAGGUCAGCCAGAACACAGAGGCCCUGAAGGGUGCACAGACAGAGGUGAACGACCUGCGCAGACAGCUACAGACUCUGGAGAUCGAGCUGGAGUCACAGGGGAGCCUGAAAGGAUCUCUGGAGGGCACACUGAGGGACACGGAGAUGCGUUACAAUAUGGAGAUUCAGUCUCUUAACAACAUCCUCCUGAGCCUGGAGGCGGAGCUCACACAGCUGCGUAACAACAUCCAGCUACAGACACAGGAGUACGAGGCCCUGCUCAACAUGAAGAUGAAGCUGGAGGCCGAGAUCGCCCAAUACAGACGUCUGCUGGACGGGGAAAACUUCUCGCUCGAGGACGCUCUGACCCAGAAGACGGUGAAGACCAAAGUGAUGACCGUCACACAGACCUUGGUGGAUGGCAAGGUGGUGUCCUCCAGCACAGAAACCAAGAAUGUUUAAAAACCAGAAGCAACCACCCGAUACUCCCUACAAUAACUAUCACUGCAUCAUAACACUAACCAGCAAUUGGUCCAAAUUAACCCCGCCUCCCAGUGGGUUCUAAUUUAUCUUCUUAGUCAUACAGCACUAACAGUUAAAGUCUCAGCCAUCACAGUUAGUUUAACCUCCUGGAUACACAGCUCCUACACAGGCUGAUGAGAAAACUGGAUCAGAGGAAAAACUAAGUCAUCUUUUAUUUAUUUCAUCAUGGUUUAUUUAUGUUUGUGCGUUCAGCUUCAGAUGUUUACCAUUAAAUCUGAGAAAUGUGAGCUCUAUCAGAGAAGAACUAAUUAAGACACAAAAAAUUUCAAAGUGAAAAAGAGUCCAAUUUAAUGCAAAAACAUAUUUUUAUAUUUCAUCAUCUUUGGUUUUCUUUCUGUCCAGUUUAGUCCGCCCGAUGUGCUGUGAUGUUCAGACAUUCCAAUAAAGUCCAACCAAGACGAAA